AUGAAUACGCAAUCCAACCCAAUUAUUCCAAGACGCAGCAGGCGUCAGCAAGGCAUUGAUGAAACACCUAAUCAAGUGAAGACUUGUAGCCGGAAAAGAACCCUUGCGUCAUGUGGAGGAGCAAGAAUAGCAGAGGUAUGGGAUGAUCAAGAAUCUGAGGAUACCUUCGAUGACGAGUCUGAGAGUAAGCAUGAUGAAGAUCCUGAGAAUGUCCUUCAGAGCGAUCAUGAUGAACCUAUUGCAGAAGAAUGUGAAGAAGACGAUGAGGGAAUCAAUAACCAAGAACUAUCAAAUGGAGAUAGGGGUAAUACAGAAGCUGAAGGAAGUGAAGAAAGACCUGACCCGGACAAUAAAAAAGAUCAGGAAGCAGGACAAGAACAAGAAUUUGACAAAGAUCAAGGUGGAAACAAGAAGAAGAAAACCAGAGGACCAACGAGGAUGAACAAAGUGGCUAAAAGCCAUGAGGAGAAGGUGGGAGUCGAGUUUAACAGUGCAGGUGAACCUAUUGGUAAAGGCUCAGUUGCACUUUCUUCUUUCCUUGGCCCUCUUGUGAGAGAGUACGUCCCUGUGCUUCUAGACGAUUGGAGGCACAUUGAUGAGCAGACAAAAGAGACAAUGUGGGAAGAGGUUCAGGCGAGGUUCAAUUUAACAGAAGGCUGGCAAAAGACAUCUGUCUUCCAACAAAUGGGUUGCAUUUUUAGAGGUUCUAAGUCUAGGCUAGUGAGGGAACUGCGUGCUACAAAGAGUAAGGAAAAGCUACGUAGCUUAAAACCAAGCAACAUUCACAAUGCCUCAGCUUGGAUACAAUGGGUCAAGAGGAAGACCGGUCAAUCUUUCAAGGUGGUUUUUGUUAAAAUAUUCCCAUUGAAAUACAUAGUUGUUUUGUGGGAAUGA